AAAGUGAAUAAGAUGGCUGGUGUUAUAUAACGUUAUAUAACGUUACGUAUACAUAUAAAUAGAGUGAUCGAAGAGAUUCAAGGCAGGCUCGUGAAAAACACCUAGACAAGAUGUUAUUCCACAUUUUUGCUAUAUUAAGCGUUGCAGUCUUUGGAUCGUGCAUUGCGGAAAAAUUCGAUCUUCUUGUGCCGACUUGCGCACGCAAUUCAAGCGACUACAAUUCCUGCUUAAAACACGCAAUUAAAGAAGCAUGGCCACUUUUUGUAGCAGGUCUUCCGGCUGAAUUCGAAUUUCCACCUAUAGAUCCAUUUAUUUAUGAAAGUGACAAAUAUGUAUUUGAUAAUGGCGGAUUACACGGAGAAGUAACUAUAUCAAAUCUUACUGCCGAGGGCUUACGGUUAAUUCGUUUUGUGGCUAUAAGGACUCACUUCGACGAUGACAUCUUCCGUUUGGCGAUUGACAUACGUAUACCAAAAAUAGUUACUUAUGGUGAUUGUGCCGCAUAUGGUGUUUUCAGCGGGUUUCGAAUGGGUGGAAAAGGAAAAUUAUAUUUAACUCUAGAAGGCAUCAGAGGAACAUGGGAUAUAUCAGGGCCAGUAAAAAAUGAUACGUGGAUUAUAGAACAUUUCCGCACAAGUCCAAUAGUUAAAAGUUUUAAUUUGAAAUUGGAUAAUUUUUUCGAAGGCAAUCGAGAAUUGAAUGAACUCGCCCAUAAAUUUGUGAAUGAUAAUUGGCCGCCGAUAUAUCGAAUAGUAGUGCAAGUAUCUUCUGACGUUUGGGACACGUAUUUUAGCAAAAUGCUCAAUCGCUUAUUUUCGAAACUGUCUUUUUCAAAGGUGUUUCCAGAAGAAGUUUAGAAGUUUAUUUAAUCCUAAAUAAAUAUUAAGAUAAAAAUAUUAA